UGCCUCGAACGCGUACCCAUCUCUAGUCAUCCAUUCCCUUCGAGAGUGUCGAGUCCUGUGUACCGGGACUUCCCUUCUCAUCCGCGUCAUGAUGCGUCUCCUGCUGCUGCCUCUGUUCCUCUUCACCCUGUCCAUGGCCUGCAUGGGCCAGACUUUCCAGUAUUCACGGGGCUGGACCAACGGCAAGAGGGCUUUGAGUCCGGCCGCAUCACCGCUGCUGGGCAACGGUGGACACUUCCACCGGAGCAAUGAGUUGGCCUACACGGAUCUCUAUGAUCUGCAGGAUUGGAGCAGUGAGCGGCGAUUGGAACGUUGCCUGUUACAACUCCAACGCUCAUUGAUCGGUCGCAACUGCGCCCCCGGCAUGGACUUAAACCGCGUUGGGGAUGCCGAUUCCGGUGAUAGCUCCCAUCUACUCCCCAGACUCAAUGGCAACCUCAAUAGUGAAAAUGUUCUGUAUUCCAACAUUAACUCGAACUCCAAUCGGCAUCGCCAGUCGAACGAGCUGCUCGAGGAGCUGAGUGCCGCCGCCAGUAGCGGAGGAGGAGGCUCAUCCUCCGAGCCCAAUGUUUUUGGAAAGCAUUAGUUCGAAUUUCUUUAUGUCUAUACAAAUAUUAUUCUUAAACUAGCAAAA